AUGAGCCAUCACGGCGACUACGCCGACCCGGCCUCGUCUCCGCUCGCGCAGCGACAGGCACGCCAGCAUUAUCAUCAACAGGCCGGGCAGAUGCAUCGCGAGGCGCUGGAUCAGCCGAGUCCUCCACCCCCAUGCGCCUGCGACCGGCGCCGCGAUGUCCUGAGCCCGACCCUGAGCGACCGCGCCGCCGCCAGCAGUCCGCGGCCCGUCGACAGACGCCGCAGCCACAACAGCAGCGGCAGCUGGGACGGGAGCCCGUCGCACAGCCGAAACAGCUCCUUUGGUCACCACAGCCGGAGUGGUAGCGACAGAGGAGGAUUCCGCGACGUGGUCGGCGGCGUCACCACUCCGUCGCCUCCGCCGCCGGCGUUCCUCUCCAGCCCCAGCGUCGCGUCGAGCCUCGCCUUUUCGACCCCGGCGCUCGGCAGCUUCAGCCCGCUGCGGCGCGAGCUCUCGCGCACGACGACGCUGCACGACGAUAUCGACCAGCAGCAGCAGCAACAGCCGCAGUCGCCCGCGCGCCUCUCGAGGCAAGACCUCGCCAGGCGCCUCAGCCAGCUUGCCCAGCGCCUGAGCUACGACGAUGGCGGCAGCGGCGGCAGCGCAGACGACCACGUCGACGAGCUGAUGCUCCAGGGCCAGCUCGACCAGCUCGAAAAGGCCUUCCUCUCCCGCCCGCCGCCGCCGCCGCAGCAGCGCAGCGCAAGCGCCUUUGAGAUGCGCAGCAGCCCUCCGCGCAGCGACCACGCCGGGUCCGCGUCGGCGCUCGCGUCGCCCGCCUCGUCGCUCUUCCGCUCGCGCUUCUCGGACCUGUCGGCCUCGCUGCAGCUGCAGAGAGAGCGGGAGCGCGAGGCGGAGGAGCUCGGCCGCCGUCGGGAGCUCGAGCCCGCUCCCAGGCCGGGCAUGACCGUGCCCGAGGCGAAAAAGGUGAUUGCCGAGAUGGGCAAGCUCAAUGACGAGCUCUCGACGGUCGUGAGCAACCUCCGCGCGCGCCAGGAGGAGUCUGAUCACAUCCACAGCCUCCUCAUCGAGCGCGCCGAGCGCGCGGCUCAGCGCAUCAUCUUUCUGCAGCGCCGCAUCGCCUACCUCGAGGAAGAGCUCCAGGAAAACGACGACGAGCUGCAGCACCUCCGCAUCUGCCUCAAGGCCGUCGAAAUCCAGCUGCCCCCGCACCCAGACGCCGAGCUCCUGCGCUGCAUCGCCACCUUCAAGCACGACUACCAGGCGCUCAAGAAGAAGCGCGCCAACCGGCACAGCAUGACGAGCAGCGACGACAACACGAGCUACGCUGCCUCUCCCUGA